AUGAAUGAAUCAGAAACAAUUUCUACCAAUGAGAAGGAUGAGGGUGUUUUGACAGCGGUAGAUUAUAUUGAAUCCCAAAAAGAAUUGGAAAAAGAAGCACGAGAACUAAUGCCUUACGAUCCUAAUGAAUGUACUUAUGAGCAAGGAGAAUUACGACAACCAUUAUUUGCAUGUCUCACAUGCUCCUCACAGAAUGAUAACCAACCUAUAGGUGUUUGUUAUUCAUGUUCUAUUCAAUGUCAUCUGCAACAUGAACUUGUGGAGCUUUUUACGAAACGUUCUUUUGUGUGUGAUUGUGGAACAACAAGAAUGAAAAAUACACCCGAUGGUGCUUGUAAGUUAAGAAGAAAGGGAAAACCAGGACAAAAAGAAAGAAAAUUAUCUAAUGUUUCAACUUCAUCUGGUAGUGGUACUUAUUUGGAAUUACCUGCAGAAGAUGUUCCUAGUGAGUCGAAUAGAUAUAAUCAGAAUUAUCAUGGUAAAUUUUGUGGCUGCAAACAAUUGUAUAAUCCAUUGGAAGAAACAGGGCAUAUGAUCCAAUGUUAUUUUGGAUUUACAUGUGGUGAAGAUUGGUACCAUGAUAGGUGUGUCAUGGGAGUCAAAUCACUUGGACUGGUUGCAAGUAAGGAUAAAAUGAAGAUUGAAGGUGAAAACAUGCUAGAUAAGGGGAUCUCUCCUGGUGUGGAUGCAAAGAUCCAACCGAAGGAAGAAAAAGAAGAGGAUCUGCUUGAACAAUUGCGAUACUUCCCCAAAUUAGAAAAAUUCGAUGAGUUUAUCUGUUGGAAAUGUGUUGACCAAUUCAAGGAGAUAUUUGAAGAACUAGAUAAAAAGUUUCCUGGUGUUAUUAUGACUAAAUUGCCACGUUAUGAUGAUAUAGUGACGGUUGAUGAUUGGUAUAACAAAAGAGAAGAGUCGUUACAGCCAAAGGCAAAGAAAAUAAAAACAGAAGGUUCAAGUUCAUCAUUAGCAGCGGAGCAGACAUAUUCUAUAUUCCUAGGAAAUGAUUUCCGUUACAAGUUACUCGAUGAAUACCCAAGUCUUGAUAAAGAUUCUAAAUUGUACAAAUUUUUAACCAACAAUUCGUAUCUUUUUAAAGAUGAUCCUAUAUUUAAACCCCCUGAAGAUGAAUCUGAAGAUGACUGGUCUACUUCAGAUAUGGGUGCCGCUGAAGCAUUAGAUUCUUUACCACGAGACAGAGCAAUUGAGAGUAUACAAGCAUAUGAUAAAAUACGUUCAAAAUUACGAGAGUUUUUCAAGCCAUUUGCUGAGCAAGGCAAGAUAGUUACAGAAGAUGAAGUCAGAAAUUUCUUUGGACACAUCGAUGAUAAAACCCAAGAUCUGAAACAAGGAUAA